AUGAUGGUGCCAACCACAGAGACCACAAGAGUGCAGUACUUCCUCGAUCUCUUACUUGAACGUCGACGGCCUGUGAUGCUGGUGGGCGGUGCGGGAACUGGCAAGACGGUUUUGGUGCAGAACACUUUUCUUGGUCUGUCUGAAGACUAUCUGGUGGCGAAUGUGCCAUUCAACUUUUAUACCACCAGUGCCAUGCUGCAAGCGGUGCUAGAGAAGCCACUUGAGAAGAAGGCCGGUCGUAACUUUGGUCCUCCUGGUAGUCGUCGACUCAUCUACUUUAUUGAUGAUCUCAACAUGCCCGAGGUCGACCUCUAUUUUACGGUGCAGCCUCACACUUUGAUUCGACAACAUAUUGACCACUCUCACUGGUACGACCGUAUCAAGCUUAGUCUGAAAGAGAUCAGCAAUACACAGUAUGUGGCCUGCAUGAAUCCCACGGCUGGCAGCUUUACCAUUGAUCCGAGACUUCAAGCUGUCCAAGUGGACGGAUUGUGUGUAGAGGAGGGUGGGUAUACUCUUCAACAUUCCGACGACUAG